AUGAGUGAAGCAGGAGAGGCCACCUUCAGGAAGGGGGACGCCUCAGUCUCCCCUCAAGCCGCGCGGAAAGAUCACUUGUCCUUGGCAAGUGGAGAUUCUCCCCGGGCCCUGGUGGCCAGCAACCUCAGCGGCGACGCGAUCUCUGAGGCCACCGCGGCGGCGGGCGCCAGGAAAAAGGCGCCCAAGAAGGUCGUCGCCAAGGGGGUGCGUGGCUCCGUGAAGUGGUUUAAUGUGAAGAAAGGAUACGGUUUCAUCCGCAGACACGAUACGGAGGAAGACGUGUUCGUGCACCACACGGCCAUCACCCGGAACAACCCUCACAAGUACCAACGCAGCGUGGGCGACGGCGAGACGGUGGAAUUCGACGUGGUGCAGGGCGAGCGAGGCACCGAGGCCGCUAACGUGACCGGGCCGGCGGGCGCCCCAGUGGAGGGCAGCCGCUUUGCCGCCAACCGCUCCGGCGUCCGCCGCGGCUUCUACAUCUGCCACCGCGCUCCUCAGUCUCGCCGUCCCCGGGGCGCCGAGGACGACGUCGACGAAGACCAACGGCUGCGGCGCUGCUCGCCCUUCCGCAGGGCCCAGGCCGUGCCCGGCCACCCCUCGAUCCUCGUUCCUGACCGCGGCCUGCAGGCCGCCCACCUGCCUGGGCCCGCCCCUGCCGCAAGUCCCCAGGGCGCACCGCCGGCGCGGAAGCCCGGCCUCAGCUACCGGCUGAGUCGCCCUAGAGGCCGAGGCCGCGCCCUUGGUCCUAAACCUUCACCCGGCAUCUCCGAGGAGCUGACAUCGAAGGACAAGGAGAGCGGGCGCGUUGCUGGAGGCCUGCAGCAGAGGCCCCCGCCAUGCUACGGAUCUCGCCGCCCCAACCCCGAAGGAGCAGAGGGCAAGAUCCGCAAAGGCCCUGCCGAAGCACUCGCUCGUGUUGCCAAGAAGAGCAGCCCCGCAGUCGUGGAUGCCCCCUCCACGGCUCAGGCGGAGUAA